GUAGAGGUGCAAAAACAAGGUGCAGAAGUUUUGAAUCCAACCAGGGAACAAUCCAGCAUGUUUUACUGCAGCAGCGGCGGUUCCGAUCCGCUGAACAUGUCCAAAAGCGGCAUCCUGAGAGGAAUCAUCACCGAGAAGCUGAGCACAGCCGCCCGGGAGAUCUUAGCGGUGGUGGAGAGGACCGUAGCCGACUACGAGGAGGAGGCUUCGGGCUUCAGGCGGGAGAUCGAGCGGCAGAGGAGGCAGCUGGAGCUCCUGCAGCCUCAGAUCAAGCUGCCCAGAACAGAACUAGAGCUGCUCCCAGAUCUGCAGAGCCACGAGGAGGUGGUGGUUGGUGAGGAGCAAGAGGAGCAGCAGCUCACACAGAGCACAGGUGUGGAGGCAGCUGAGAGUCACAAUCCACCUGGGAAACACUCUGAGGAAGAGGAGGAGGAUGAUGAUGAGGGGGAAGAUGGUGGUAAUGAUGAGGAGGUGGAACAGGAGAAUGAUGAAGAUGAACAGGAGGAUGAAGAAUCAGUAAUAAAAAACAAGAUGAUCAAGGAAGACCUGAAGGACCCAGAUUUUGAAAUACCACCAAGGUCAGUUCAGCGUGGACAUAAAAGGCACCGCUUAACUCUGAAAAUGGACACAAAGGAGCCUCUAAAUCUCAGGAUCCGGAUACUGGAGGACUCUGAGACCACUGUGCUCUCAAAUGCUGUGUUUAAGAAGUAUCCAAUCUGGGACCUGGGGUGUCCUCAUGGUCUAGAGGAAGCAGCCUUCCUGGACCUGCUGAGGUCCACCUUCCCUCAGCUGGCUGCUGGGGAACCUUUUGAUACCUUCAUCACAGAUAAGAGCAGGAAGCUGCAGCCUCUGAAUGUGAAAGCUCUGACUCCGGAGGAGAUCAACACCGCCAUCAAAUCCAAUGGAAACUCGGCUCUGUACAUCCGCCCCAAGAAAGAAGAGGUUAAGACUGAGAAAAAGGAAGAACAUCUGGUCGCUGACUCUACAACUAUCGACCCUGGGAUCAUGGACAAUGAAACUGGGCUCCUCAUAAGCUCUGUUCAAAGUGUACAGGGUUCUGGAAAAAGCGAAGUGUCUGUCGAGUCAAAAUCCCAACAGGACAACCUACAAGAUGAGGAUGAAGAAAGUGACAGCAACACUGGCUCCAGCAGUACCAGAGAUCAGACAUCAGAGGGAGACAAGACCAUGAAACCUGACCCCAAACUGCAGAGACGCAAGAGGACAAGAAAGGGCCAGGAUAAACGGGGCAGGAAGAGAACUGGGGAGACUAAGAUGUCUUGUAAAGUGUGUGAAGUCCGGUACCAGAACUAUGGCAGCUUGAUGAACCACGCCUUAAGUCACGUCAACGACCCUCAGAUUGUUUGUGGAGUCUGCGGGGAGAAGUUUAAGUCUGCAGAGGAGUUAAAGGAACAUCUCCAAAGUCACCAAAACAUUCACAACUGUUCACAUUGUGGGAAAUCUUUUGUCUCCAUCAUCCGUUUAAAAAAUCAUGUUGCUAAACACACAGGAGAGAGUCUGUUUAAAUGUGACAUCUGCAGUAAAACCUUCUCAAGCAAGAGAUACUUGAUCAAUCAUCACUGGGUUCAUGUGGAAGAUAAACCACACAAGUGUGAUAUUUGUCAGCAAAGUUUUGGUCUGGAGUCAAGUCUCCAAGCUCACAGGAAGCUGCAUGUGAGAAAAGAAGUUUACAAAUGCAAAAUCUGUGAUAAGUCUCUGAGUCGCCGAUCUGUGACCCGGCACGCAUUAACCCACUCAGACGAACGGCAACACGGCUGUGAAAUAUGCGGGAAACGCUUUAAAUUGAAAUGUAUACUGAAAUCACACGAGAAGACUCACACGGUGAGAGAGCGGCCGUUCCUCUGCCACAUCUGCUGCAAAACAUGUCCAUGUAAACGAACGCUGAUGAGCCACUUAAAGGUUCACAGCACAGAGAAACCAUUUGUUUGUACCGUUUGCAGUAAAGCCUUUAAGUACCAGACGAGUCUAUCCGUACACAUGAAGGUGCACACUGGAGAAACUCCCUUUCAAUGCUGCGAGUGUGGACGCCGCUUCAAACACAAGAGUCACCUUAAUGAGCACAUGAAGAUUCAUUCUGGCAUCAAAGACUUUAUCUGUAGCAUUUGUGGGAAGGCAUGUCUUAAACGGGAAUACCUAAGGGUUCACAUGAGAACCCACACCGGAGAGAAACCCUUCCAGUGCUCCCUCUGUGACAAAGCCUUCACCCAGAGCCACUGCCUGAAAACACACAUGAAGACUCACCAGGACCAAGAAAACGUGUCCCUCGCUCCAUCAGAGCCUGGAAUGAUUUGAUCAAUCUGAAAUCAAAGGACAUUACAAUGAUUUACACACCUUAUUUUGAUUCAAAAGUUGUUAGUCAUUAUUGGACUGGCUUACAGGAGCGAUGUUUUGAUCACCUGCAUGGAGGUGAGGAUUACGACCCUAACAACUCCCCAUUGCAGAGGCGUGGACCAUUUUCAGUUUAAUUUGCAGGCCAAUAAUGACCUUAACAACUCUCCAUUACGACGAGGUCGACCUGUUUCGACUUUUGCAAGUUAUCUAAGCCAUAACACAGCUUUUGUUGGGCAAUACUAUAAAGCUUGGAGCUGCACACUACUCCAGACAUUUUGAAUUGAGAAAGCUUUCUGGAUGGGAAGCGAAACGUUUUCAAACUUUGGAAAAACGUCUAGUUGUUUAGUUAUUUUAACUUGUUUGGAAUGACCGUCUCAUGGAUGACUGAGAAACUUCACCAGCUUAUUUUGAUGACUUUGUAGAAAAGUUUUUUGGAUUCAAGUUUUGAAUUGUGAUGUGAAGAAAACAAACAAUACAUAAUUCAACCAGUUCAACAAAAAGAUUCAUUCAAACUAUCUGUGACAUGGUGAAACAGCGGUCAGCACUAGCUCUGUUUAUAUGGGCAUAAGUAAUGGGAAUAAAGGGUCAAUUUAGAAUAAAAAUGAGUCAUGUACACACAACGCCAAUUGGUAUAUUGUGAUCAGAUUAAGCUAAUUAGAAAUUAAAUUGUAUUUUAAUUUUUUUUUAAACUGUAUUCUAAAUGAGCCGGAUGCUUUUUGCCUUUUGUCAGUGUCUUUCUAAACCCUUAUUUCUAUCAUUUCAUGCGUAUCAGAGAAACUACCCUGAAUGUGCGUGUCUCAUCCUGUAACACAGGGAGACAAUUAGCAUGUCAUUGCCAUUUGUGUAAGUGUUUGUUUUCUGCUUUUGUCUAUUCAAUAAAGUAAAAAAAAAUCUAAUUUUUCUUUGGCAGAGACAGAAGUCUGUGGUUUCUGGGGAAAUGUCAGCUUUAAAGCUGCAGUAAGGAGUUUUGAGACACCUGCCACCCCUUAACUGGUAGCUCGCUCUGCAGGUUUAUGUGUGGUGUCCAGGAGGGCCGCUCUGAAGACAUCAAUACUUCUAGUCACAAGAAAUGUUAGUAAAAUUAAAAGAAUAAUCUUGAAUCAUUCAGACACCUUCUGUAGAAAAUGUGAACGCACAAAAUACAUUUAGGAUAAUAUACUAUAUGGGGCUUGUGAAAGGACGUCACAGCGCAUUGCAUGCUGGGUAGCGGUGUGCAUUUCUGACACGACAACUACUUGAUCUGUACCGAAUACACAACCCAUACUGUAGGCUCUUUUGCGCAUGUGCAAACACAAUAACUUCCGGGAAGGUAAUUCCUUGUUUUUCUUAUUUAAUAUAAUUUUCGGUGGGAAGUUUCUUGUAUUUUGCUGUAAUUGGGUGAAUAUUGCAUGAGUUAUCGCGAAUAACAAAAGUACAGAAAAAAAUGGUUAAAUUGCAUUUGUUAAACAAUAGACUUGUUCUCGGUCUCCAAAGGUUUUUUUUAUCUGAUAAUGUGGUGUUUCUAUUGUAGACUUCUGUAGUAAUGAAAACACUCUUGAAACCAUAACUAUAUUUUACCAUAUUUAAUCUAAAAGGCAGAGGGAUGUUUACAGUUUCAGUACUGGGUUCUCAUAACACAAUGCAACCGGUAUCUGAGAACCCAGUUUGUUCUCUCACACAGACAUUAAGUAGGAAUCAUUUGUGUCCACCCAUUCAGGGCGUUCCCAGUAUGAUAUCAGUGUUCUGUUCAGCACAUUGGUGGAGACGCUUAUGUUGUAAUGCAGAGUUGUCCUUGCUGACACAUUUUCUUCUGAUCAGUCAUUAUUUCCAGUCUAAGUAUGUCAGACACUUGGCCUUCAGAGUCUGUUUAUCUGUAAUUUCCAUGGCAAACGACUUUGCAGUUCAGUCUCUGUAAUCUCAUAAUCUCUUACACAUUUCAAUGGACGCUUUGACUGUUCUGAGCAUGCGCAAUGAUUACGUCACGCCAAGAUAAAUUUUAAAUCAGGUGAAUAUUUUAGUUUCUCUGAACUUAACUGUGCACUCCAACAGUGUUGAGUAAAGAAUCAAUCCAUUUGCAGUCUUUCGUCAUCUGUAGUUGGGUUUUGGCAAGAAAUAAAUGCUGUGACUGCCAUGACAAGGUCUUCUCCUGUCUGUGAUGGGUCCACCAGGGGGCAUGUUGACAGCAUGAAUAUUUCACAGCUCACUCAAGUUUAAUAAACAACUUUGUAAUACAGUAUAUUUUUCAUGCAAAAGAAUGGCAGUUAUAAAGUGACACAUGGCAUUUUCUUGGAAAGGAUGAAAACGCUUUUUUCUCCUGUACUUUAUCAACUAAUAAAAUACAUUCAAUGGCGAACCAGAAGUUAUUGCAUGCACAAAGAAGCUGAUGGUACAGAUCAUGUUACUGGUAGUAACCAUUUAUAUUUUUUGUAUUUUAUUUUGCUCCUAAAAGUGUAUACAACAAAUGUGGUAAUAUUAAUCUGGAUCCCAAUCUUAACAUACCAGCACAGGCUGCUUUCAAACAUAUAACAAUGAAUAAAGCAGAGUCAAGUAAAACAAAAAUAUCUACAUCAUACAUAAAAACACAGACGACAAUAAGUUAGGGGUUUUCCAAGAUGUUUAGGUCACUUAAUACGUGAAAGAGUUCCAUAUGUUUGGGUUUGUCCAUCAGCUUCAUUGAUGAAAAAAAUUGUUGAAGUUUGUUUUUGAAGAAAAGGAAAGAUGGCUUGAUUUUUAGAAAUCAACAUUUGUGAAUGAAAGUUUUCUC